AUGAGCACGCCAUCGGCAAGAAAGAGACCUGCGGCCGAUGUUUCGGGGGAUCAAGAUGAGAGGGCACGCAUCGCGCGGCCUGCAACCAAACGGCGAAGAUCACAGUCCGUGGAUUCGACGGAGCACCUUACUCAACUAGACUUGGAUAACUCUACUAGGCCAAGUCGUUCUGCUUUCUGUUCUGGCUACGACUUGGAUCGCUUGAAUUAUCAUGUUCGACUCCAAGAUUUUGCCGUGGAAUUACAGAAAGCUGCCAAUGCGGCAUUCCCAGGUGGUCAAACCUCGAGAUACACGACAGUCGAUGUGAUCUUACUAUCGUGGGAGGAUGAGGACCCGACCUUGCCUAUUUCAUCUGAAAUUCGGGACCUGACAGAUACUUUUGCCAAUUUGUAUGGUUAUCAUGUCGAGGAGUGGCUGAUCCCGGCCGAGGAGGACAGCCACAACCAACUCCAGGUCAAGAUCCUGCAAUUCCUUUGGGCUAGCAAUCCAACUCAUUUAAAAAUCGUAUACUAUGCCGGGCAUUCGAAACUAGGCAGCAAUGGACAGCCCAUCCUAAUAAGUCGCGCAAACAGCGGGAAGGAGCGAUGUCCAACGGUCAAGUGGACCGCGAUCCAGAACAGUCUUGAAGAGUCGAGAUCCGACGUCUUGGUGCUCCUUGACUGUUGUGCCUCUGGCGUCUGUACCACAGAUGAAGGGAACGGAGUUACGGAAAUGAUUGCAGCUUGGGCGUGCGAGACCCUCUCGGAUGGUCCCGACCCUUCUUCAUUCACGCAAGCACUGAACAUGAAAUUGAGACAACUAUCUCAAUUACCGUAUCUCACAGUGGGGCAAUUGUACAACGCCAUUUUUACCGAAGUUCAAGCUCGGAGAGUCGAACCUUCCACCUUACGUCCCAAGAAGCUUCCUGUUCAUCGCGUUCUCACUUGUUCUCAGGACUCUCCUCGAAGCAUAUGUCUGUCGAAACACUCAAAGCCAAGCCAGCAACAAGACGUAUUGCACACAACUGAGAAUUCGGUUCCCAUUUCUCAACUACAACCUUUAGAUUUGCCGGUGUUCAAUUCGCCUUCUUCCGAAGAACCAAACACACCCAACUCAAUCAGUCUACUAAGUCAAAAUGCGUCAGCUAAGUCUUCAACGACUUCGCUAGAUGAGCUCCCAGAAUAUCCAAGGCUUCUGUUCUGCAUACGUAUCUCGGAAGACGUUAAAGCAAGCGACUUCUCUCCUGAAAUAUUCUUGGAUUGGUUGAAAAAGGUUCCAAUCAAAGCAAAUCUUGUCAGAGUUGAAGCCGGCUUCGCCAGUAACUCUACACUGGUAAUGUUCUCGAUACUCCCAGCAAUCCUGGGAUACCUUCCCGAGAACCCAGCAAUGACCCUUCUCGGGACAAUCAAGUCCAAAAACAUCAUCGCGGCUGUCCCUUCGAAAGAGAAGGAAAUCAGGACGAAAAAACAACCAGCAGCCGAGAAAGAAGAAAUCGAUGCGAAAGCUAAGAUGAAAUCCCCAACCGCUUCAGCAACCUCAUCCGGCAAAAAAGAGGAGCCCUCUCCUCCAAAAGGGGGAUGUCGCUACAUCAUGUUCCGCGAAGACAUCAGACCUAUGACCUGGUAA